AUGUCUAAUAGUUAAGAAAGAGAGAAAGAACUAAAGGAGAUUCGCAAAGAAAUGCUCAAGGAUGCAGAAAACAAUGCUCAAAAAUAAAGAUUUGGACUGUUCUCGUCUCCUGUUCCUUUGGCUUUGGGUGACGAUAGCAUGGAGAUGAGGAAGAAACGUAAGGCAAUCAGAAUGUAUUUCGGUAGCAUAAAGAGGAGAGAAUGGCAAGCCUAUAACCGAGCCGUCGAAUAUGAAGGUUAGCGCUACUCGGACGGGCAGAAUCAGAUCUUCGUAUUUCGGGCCUUUGAGUUUCACAACAGUCGGGGAUCCAUACAUAGAUCCAGAAAAAGUGCUUGCUCAUUAUGAGAAGGAACAAAAGAAACUGUGCAAUAAGGAGACUCCCUUUAAGCCUCCCUCUGGUUAUAAGGAAUUGAUGGGGAGUGCCUAUUCGCACAUGAAGGAGUACGAUUUCAAAAAGGUGGAGAGCAGAAAGCAAUCUGACGGACGGGUGUAUUCUGCGCCUCGUAAUGUUACAACAAACCCGAGAUGCAAGGUGCUGGACAAAUCCAUCCCCUACAUGAUGGACGAUUACAAUAGAUAUAGCGACUUUGAGAGGGUAUUUUUAAAUUGUUAGGGGUUAAGAAAGCGAGGAUGCUGAGCAAGAGCAAGGAGAAGGAGUAGCCGUUUCGAAGUACUGUGCAUGGCGGUGUGACUUUUGAGAGGGACAAAAAUUUGUUUGGAGAGACCAAGAUGCCAGCUGCAAGUUAGAGGAAGUCUCCGGAACUGAAGUUGGCGAAGCACGAGUCUGCAUUUCGACCAGUAAAUGGGUUGAAGAAAGGGUUUGAUGGGUUGUUUGGUCACUUUGAGUACAAGGCUGACCCGAUGAGGGAGAUCAAGAGGCAGUACAGUUCGAAGAAGGAGCGGGAGAGUUUUAAGUAAGGGCAGAGUAUAGAAUAAUAGACCUGCAGAUUUGGGGAAUAAGACGAGGCCCAAUCCGACCAUUUCUUGUUUUAAGAUGAACAUACGGAGGGAGAUGGCUGCGCAUUAUUGA